AUGGAGAGGAGUAAGAAAGUUAUCUGUUUGUUGGGCAGCACAGGAUUUUUGGGAACUACAAUAGUUAAAAGAGGCUUCAAAAAUGAUAUGUUCAGGAAUAAGUAUAAAAUCAGGAUUGUGAGAAGGGAUGAUGAUGGAAUUCAAGCAUUUGAGAGAGCCAUCUAUGAAGAAGAUGAUAAGAAGGUAGAAAAUGAUGAAGAAGAAAGUCUCAUUAGAUCUACAGCCACUCGGGAAAAAGAGCGGGGAUUUUUGGACUAUGGUUAUAUGAUCUCGGAUAUUACCGAUCGUGGUGAUCUCUACGAUGCUAUUAAAGGAAGCAAUUUUGUCAUUCACUGUGCAUCCUCAUAUCCUGAAAAAUGGGAAGAAGAUAAAGAUGAGCUUAAAUAAAACAAACGAGGAUGGCCUUCAAGCUGUUCUGGAUGUGUGUCUUGAGGUUAAUAACGAGUCUGAAUCUCCAGGUCAUUGUCCUAAAGUUGAAAGACUUAUCUAUACUUCUGACCUAUCUACCAUCUUAGACUAUGAUAAUUUAAAAGAAUUUACAGAAGAUUCCCCAUUAAUCAGCGAAGAUUCGAAGCUGAUUUCAGAAUAUACCAAAUCCAAGAUUAGAUGUGAGAAGAUAUUACAAGAUCAUAUCCAAGAUCAAGAAAAGUGAAGAGAGUUGCCAGUUGUAAUCCUCCGUCCUGCCAACAUGGUAGGCAGAUUCUUAGUCAGGAAAAAGUUCACAUCAGGAGAGUUCAUGAAGAAGAUGCUAUAUGGCAUGUUCCCAGGUGUCCCAAAGAUACAAGUUCAUCUUGUUUCUGUGGAUCAAGUAGCUGAUGAUCAUUUAGUUGCUUGAGAUCCUCAAGUUCCAGCAAACACGGCAUAUUGUCUCUAUGAGGAGAGCAUGCUAAAAAUUAAGAUUGGAAGUCAUAUUAAAACUAAUAUCAAGAAUGAUGAGUUCCAUCCAUCAAGCCUCGGCAUUAGCAAGUUCACCUGAAUACUCGCUUCCUUCUUCAUCACCGAUGCCAAGAUUGCUUUGAAGCAAUGGGGAAAGACUCUCAAGGUUGAUUUUACCAAUUCAAGAGAUUUUUUCACAAGCCAUGAUGGGGAUGUUGAAAAUGGAAUCAUCAAGAUGUGCAGCGACAUCAUCAGUUCAGACUACAAGAAAGUAACUGAGGAUUAGUUUCAAUAGUGUUCAUUAAAA